AUGCAACUUCUCCAUGGUGAAACCAUCAUACAGGGUGCAAAAGGGGGCGGUGGAAGCGCGCAUACUCCGGUUGAGCAACCUGACGAUCUGCUGUCGGUCGCAAAAUUAAAAAUGCUCAUUGCCGUUUCUGAGGGAGAAAUACAGGGCGACCUGACCGCUCAGAAUAUUUUCCUCAACGAUACGCCGCUGGCAAACGACAGCGGGGAAUACAACUUCAGCGGCGUGAAAUGGGAGUUCCGUAAGGGCACACAGGACCAGACCUAUAUUGCCGGGAUGCCCCAGGUCGAUAACGAACUGGCGGUUGGCACAACUGUCACCACCACCGCGCCCUGGACACGCCAGUUUACCAAUCUUUCCCUGGAUGCUAUCCGCAUCAAGCUCAGCCUUCCGGUCCAGUAUCUCUAUAAAGAUAACGGCGAUAUGGUGGGCACGGUCACCGAGUAUGCGAUCGAUUUAUCAACGGACGGCGGCGCCUGGAAAACGGUUGUAAACGGCAAAUUUGACGGAAAGACCACGACGGAAUAUCAGCGUGACCACCGUAUCGAUCUGCCAAAAUCCACGUCCGGCUGGUCUGUCAGGGUCAGGCGUAUUACGGCUGAUGCCAGCGGAUCAAAUUCGAAACUGGUUAACGCCUUCAAGGUGUUUUCCUAUGCGGAAGUCAUCGACAGCAAGCUUCGUUAUCCUUUAACCGCGCUCCUGUAUGUCGAAGUGGACAGCAGCCAGUUCAACGGCAGCGCGCCGAAAGUGACCUGUAAGAUAAAAGGCAAGCUGAUUAAGGUUCCGGAUAAUUACGAUCCGAUAACCCGAACCUAUUCUGGCUCAUGGUCCGGCGGGUUCAAAAUGGCCUGGUCCAAUAACCCCGCCUGGAUAUUUUACGAUCUGGUUCUGGAUGAAAUUUACGGCAUGGGCACGCGCGUGGAUGCGUCCAUGGUGGAUAAGUGGGCUCUGUAUUCAAUCGCCCAGUACUGUGACGAAAUGGUUUCCGACGGGGCCGGUGGCACCGAACCGCGUUUCACCUGCAACGUUUUCAUUCAGAGCCAGGAGGACGCCUGGCAGGUACUUAACGAUCUCGCCGCGGUAUUUCGUGGAAUAACGUUCUGGGGCAACGAUCAGAUUUAUGUCCAGGCAGACGUCCCGCAGGACGAUGUUGACUGGGUUUAUAACGCCUCAAAUGUGAUCGAUGGGCUGUUUACUUAUGCGGGCGGCUCAUACAAGAAUCGCUACAGCUCCUGCCUGGUGUCCUGGUCCGAUCCGCAGAACCAUUACAGCGAUACCGUUGAGGGGGUUUACGAUUCGGCGCUUGUAGAACGUUACGACGUCCGGCAGACGUCCCUGACCGCAAUCGGCUGCACCUCGCAAAGUGAAGCGCACCGACGCGGUCGAUGGGUAUUGCUCUCCAAUGCCAAAGACGGGACCGUAUCGUUUGGCGUGGGGCUGGACGGUUAUAUCCCUUUGCCCGCUGAAAUUAUCGGUGUCGCCGAUCCUUUCCGUUCCGGCAAGGAGAACGGGGGACGCAUCAGGGCGGUCAAUGGCCGCCAGAUUACGCUGGAUCGAGAAAUAGACUACGCGGCGAAAGACCGGCUGGUGGUUAACCUGCCUGACGGAAAAGCCCAGACGCGCACAAUCAGCGCGGUGAGCGCAGAUAAAAAAACGGUGACGGUGGCCACCGCAUUUAGUCAGGCACCUGUGGCGGGUGCUGUCUGGGCGAUAGACAGUGAUAACCUCGCAAUACAGUAUUUCCGGGUCACUUCAAUUGCAGCUAACGACGACAGCACAGGCGGUUUCACUAUUACGGCCGUUCAGCACGAUCCAAACAAAUACCGUUACAUCGAUGACGGCGUUCGGGUCGAGUCGCCCCCGAUCACCGUCACGCCGAUAAGCGUCCUGUCAGCGCCGAAGAAUAUCGUGGUGACUGAGAGCGAUCAUGUUUCACAGGGGCUGACGGUAGCAAGCCUGGACGUGUCAUGGGAUAAGGUAGAGGGCGCAAUCCGGUACGUUGCCCAGUGGCGUAAGGACAACGGGGACUGGAUAAACGUUCCGGUUACCAGCGCGCAGGGUUUCUCGGUUCAGGGCAUUUAUUCGGGCAGCUAUGACGUGCGCGUCCGGGCGCUGAAUGCGCAGGAUACGUCGUCACCAUGGGGGUACGGUGAAACAACUUAUCUCUCCGGUAAAACGGGAAAACCGGGUACUCCGCUCAACUUUCUGGCGACCGAAGAUGUGGUCUGGCAUAUCGACCUGACCUGGAAAUUUCCGGAUGGCUCUGGCGACACGGCCUAUACAGAGAUUCAGCGCGCCACAACUGCCGACUACGCCAAUCCUGAACUGCUGGUCCUGGUGCCGUACCCGGCUGCAGAUUAUCAGCAUGGCCCCAUGCCGGCCGGCGUUCGCCAGUGGUACCGCGCACGCCUGAUUGACCGUAUCGGUAACGCCGGGGACUGGACCGACUGGAUCAUGGGCACGUCCUCGAUAGAUGUCAGCGAAAUAACUAAUGACAUUCUGGAGGAUAUGAAAGAGUCGGAAACGUUCAAAGACCUGAUCGAGAACGCGGUGGACAGCAACGAAAAAAUUGCUGGCAUGGCUGACGAAAUCAAAAACCAUGCCGACGAGCUGGAGCAGCAGGCGAAAGAUAUACAGGAAAACGCUGACGGGCUGGCGCAGGCGGCGGUAAAAAUCGAUGAGAUUUCCGUUUCAAUGGACGGUAUGACAGGAGGCGUGAAGAAUUCGGCAAUUGCGAUAAUCCAGAAUGGGCUGGCGCAGGUUGUCAGUCGUCGUUCCCAGACAGCAACAAACGCCGGGAACAGUGCCAGUAUAGACAGAGUGGAUACUACGAUUGCCGAUACCAGCCAGGCGGUUGCUCGCGCGCUGGUGACGCUGGAUGCUUCAGCUGGUGGGAAUAUCUCCAACUCUACCGAUCUCACUGAAACUCUGGCCGAUUUCACGCAGGCAUCGGCGACAAAAAUUAACACCCUGACUGUUAAAUCUGGCGAAAACAGUGCCGCGAUAAAUGUCAACGCACAGGCUAUCGCAGAUGUAAACGGUAACCUAAGUGCGAUGUACAACAUCAAGGUUGGUGUCUCCAGCAAUGGACAGUAUUACGCCGCGGGGAUGGGUAUCGGCGUGGAGAAUACGCCAUCCGGCAUGCAGUCGCAGGUUAUCUUCCUGGCUGACCGCUUCGCCGUCACCACGGCAGCCGGAAAUAGCGUAGCUUUGCCGUUCGUGAUCCAGAACGGGCAGACAUUCAUCCGGGCCAGCUUCAUCCAGGACGGCACUAUCAGCAACGCAAAGAUUGGUAAUUUUAUCCAGUCGAACAAUUAUGUUGCUGGUUCUGCUGGCUGGAAGCUUGAUAAAGGGGGGACGUUUGAGAACUACGGUUCGACUGCUGGUGAGGGAGCCAUGAAACUGACAAAUCAGACGAUCAGCGUCAAAGAUGGCAGUAAUGUUCUUAGGGUGCAGGUUGGCCGAUUAACGGGAGUAUUCUGA